GAAAAAGCCAACCGGGCAACGCAAUCAGCUGUCAAAAGAAGGAGAGCUAGCAGCAGCAAGAAAUUCCAAAAGUCCCAUCCUCAACCUAACGGGACUUGCGUCGCGGUGUCUUCUGUUGAUGCGAGAUUCGUCAGCAUCCCAUAUACAGUCGAAAUAAUAGUGAAAGUAUUUCGUUUAGAUUGCUUUUAUCAAUUAUGUCUCUGUGAAGAUUUGAAUCAGUGACCGGAAAUGAAUCCGCGACUAGCUGGCACAUUUGUGGCGGUGGCCGUUUUGUGCCUCUGCCAAAUGAUUGGAACCGUCAGCGCUUAUCGGCUCAUCGAGGGUCUGUACUGUGGCAAGGAAAAUUGCUACGAGGUGCUGGACGUAACGCGGGAAUCUACGAAACAGGAAAUCUCCCGAGCCUACCGACAGCUAGCUAAGAAGUAUCAUCCGGAUUUGCACCAAGGAGAAAGGGCCAAACAGGAAGCCGAGGAAGAUUUCAAACGGAUUGCCCGGGCUUAUGAGAUCCUGCGGGAUGAAGAAUCUCGAAAUGAUUACAAUUAUAUGUUGGACAAUCCGGAUGCGUACUAUUCGCACUACUAUCGGUAUUAUAGGAGGAGGACCAAGGUCGACGUACGCAUCGUAGUCCUUUCGUGUAUCUCAAUCAUCUCACUGGUUCAGUACUUUUCCCGGAAACAACGCUACGAGGAGGCUAUCAAGUAUUUCAUGACCGUACCAAAAUACCGAAACAAAGCAAUGGAAAUCCUUAAACAAUCUCAACCCAAUGGAACUUCCUCCGGUGGCAGUAACAAAGGCCGUUCCAAACUAUCGAAAGCCGAACAGAAAGAAGAAUCCGAGCGAAACAUUCGUCGAGUCAUCGAGGAAAACUUGGACAUUCAGGGUGCUUACGCAAAGCCUCAAAUAACCGACAUUCUGUGGGUGCAAAUCAUCAUUUUUCCCUACACACUCUUCAAAUGGAUCAAAUGGAACCUUGCUUGGGUUUACAAGUUCUACAUCCUCAAGCAACCCUACGGCGAAGAGGAAAAACUAUACCUCAUCAGGAAAAACAUGAAAUUGGGAGUGCACCAAUUCCGAGCCGUCGAACCGGACAAAAUUGACGAAUACCUUAGGCGCGAGCUAUGGCAAAAGCCCAACUACGACCAGUGGAAGCACGAACAGGAGGAGGAAAUGAAACGGCAGAUGGCCGAUAACCCAAGGUACAAAGCUUACCGAAGGUAUAUGAAAAACCACGGGCCCGGGCGGUUAACUUUCGAGGAUUAAUUCGAGUGAAGGGUACCGAACAAAAUCAGUGUUGUGACAAUCGGAAUGGACGAGUUAUCGAAGCACCACCACCAAUCAGAAGGGAGCGCUAGACUAAUCACUGAAGGUAAAUUUUUUUUGUGUAAAUGUGUGCUUUUCUCUCUUUUUAGUUUUUCGUUGUAUCACUAAAUUAAAUAACUUAUACCAAAA